AUAGUUUCCGCCCAAAAAUUUUUAGCCGCACAAUUCUUUUGCAGCUCAAGCAGUGCGCAUUAGCUGUGGAAUCAUAGUUUUAUUUCAAUUAUUUCGACGAGACAGAUUUUCCAACAGUGUCACCAAUGUCCACUCCCGUCGGCCCGGAACCGUGCAACAUGGUCUGCCCCAGUUGCCGCCAGCAGGUUACCACUCGCGUGGAGCCGAAAGCCACCAAAAAGACUCACCUGAUAGCACUGAUUUUGUGCUUCACGUGCCUUUGGCCCUGUGCGUGCUGUCUGUACUGCACCCGAUGCGCCCGGAACUCGGAACACCACUGCCCAUCCUGCAACGCCUACAUUGGCACCUACAAGCGUUGAGGAGUUUCCGCCGGAAGUUGUUUUUUACGUGGACUGCAGCCAGCAUCUGUCCCGAAAUGCAGCCCAUUACUUCUCCCACUUAAAGUAUUGUCAC